AUCCAAAAUCUAAUUCAUCAGCAACCUGCCAUUAACGUUUUGAAAGAGAUUCAAGCGUUUCUGGAAGCAAACCCUUCUGAAAUCGUCACCAUAAUGAUCGAAGACUAUGUUGCAUCUCCAAAGGGCCUAACAAAGGUGUUUGAUGCUGCUGGCCUAAGGAAAUUCUGGUUUCCAGUAUCCCGGAUGCCAAAAAAUGGUGAAAAUUGGCCGACAGUUGAUGAUAUGGUGAGACACAAUCAGCGUUUAGUGGUUUUUACUUCGAAACAGUCUAAGGAGGCUUCUGAAGGGAUUGCGUAUGAAUGGAAAUACCUAGUGGAAAACCAAUAUGGUAAUGGCGGGAUGAGAGAGGGUUCCUGUCCAAACCGUGCAGAAUCAUCUCCCAUGAGCAUGAAAACAAGGUCUCUAGUCCUAAUGAACUACUUCCCCGACACUCCAGAUGUAACCCAAGCUUGCAAGCAUAACUCAGCUCCAUUAAUUAGCAUGAUGAACACUUGUUAUGAAGCGGCUGGUAAACGAUGGCCCAACUUUAUUGCUGUUGACUUUUACAAGAGAAGUGAUGGAGGGGGAGCACCUGAAGCUGUUGAUAUUGCCAACGGGCAUCUAGUUUGUGGGCGUGAGGGUAUCGCCCUUUGCAAGGAAAAUGUGUCUUUUGGGAGCAUGUGACCUACCUUGGGACAGUUUUUUGAUGGUUAUCACAACAUGAAUCUUGUAACUCUACAUAAAGUUUCUUAGUGAGAAACACACAAGAAAAAUGAGAUAUAGAGUUUGCAACUUAUUUGGGAUAUAUAGUUUGUAAUUGGUGCCAUGUGAUUACAACAACAAAUAAACAGUAUUAUUAAUGUUUGGGCUGAUCUCUCUUUCUGUUUUUUGGAACGAGAUGAUAGGUAUAAAAAAA